CUGGCACGGCCAAUUUGUUCUCAACCUUUUUUUCCAGGGGAAAAAGGAAAAGUCUUUGGGUGUUUUUAUCAAGGUGAGGUGUGAAUAAUAGCAACUGUGACGGCGGACGCGGCUAAUCGAUUGCCGCAUUUUGGAGCGCAGCUAUCGCGGAAAUCGGUGACCGAGAAUUCCGCCGGAAUUGUGGGGCAAAAGUGCCACGAGACUUGCGAACUUGCAAAAUUCCGACAAUGAGUGCUCCCGGAGGGUAUGUUAAAUCAAUAGUGGUGCUGGCGGCACUGGCGGCGCUGCUUUUGGCCCCCAUGCAGGUCCUUGCCCGGAAACAUCACCUGGAAGUUCGCAAUGACAGGCGCCAGUACAUUGCACUCAGCACCUUUGGAUUCUACACCAACGGACAUCUGGACGUGCAGCUCAGCAAGCUGACGAUUGACCUGGAACAGCCCACAGACUUGCUCGGCCUGUCGCUGGACAAGACCACCAUUGACCAGCUUAAUCCCUACUUGGACUCGCAUCAAAACAAAUGUAUACUGGAGGAACCGUCCCAAAAGCAGACCAGCGGACCCAUUCUCUUCUUCGUCCUGGACCUCAAGGAGCUCAAGGUCCGUGUAAAAUGCUCCCCAGAGUGGGCAAACAUGCACGUCUAUAACCAAAUUCCAUCGAGGACCAAGCGGAACUCGCGCAUGGCCAAGAUCAGCGAUUCGGUCUUGUUCCGCCAGACUCGCGAGGCCCCAGCCUACUCUGCCGAAGGCCCAAAUGAUUCCAUGGAGGAUCCACUGGAGCAGGAACCGGCUGAUUUAAAGUCAUCCUCGCCUGCUGCGGUGGCGGGAAAAAUUGAACCACCAAAAGAUGAGGUGGCUCCCAAGGUGGAUGCCGCCCCCGCCCCAAAAGUAGAGGCUCCCAAAGAUGAGGCUGCCCCCAAGCCAGAAGUGGCGGCCAAUCUGAAUACUUCUAUCAAGCAGGAAGCGGCUCCUAAAUCUGAUACGGUUCCCAAAGAUGCGCCCCCCAAUGCGGAGGAAGGGAUCUUCAAGGCUAAGAACGAACCGAAGCAGGAGGAUCUACCGAAACAAGUAGCCGUUGAAGCGCCCCAAGAAGUGGUAGCCCCACAAUCGGCAGUGAAUGCCCCACCAGCAGCUCCGGCUCAAGAUGAGACCCAAGUCGGCAAGAAAAACGAAGACUCGGAUUUGGAUGCAGCUCCCGCGAAUCCCUUUCCCCACGAUGACGAUUCAUCGGAAGAUUCAUAUGGACCCACCAUGUUCAAACAAUCGCAGGAGGGUCUGUGCAAGGACUCCACAAUGGUGCUGGUUAAGGAGACCAUCAACAAUGUCAACUACUACAGCUUCAACUUUUCCAUGCUGGUGGCUACGCCCGACGACGAGGGCCUGUACAACCUUUAUUUCCACGCCUGUCCCAACUACCACAGCUCCAAGAUUAUGUCCUUCAAUGUGGACAUUGAGGAGAACAACAAUGGCAACUAUUUGUCGGCUGGAGAGAUGCCCUUGCCCGCCUUGUACUUCAUGAUGAGCCUGCUCUUCUUCCUCUCCGGUCUCUUCUGGGUGUUUAUUUUAAGAAAGAGCAAGCACACUGUGUACAAAAUCCACUAUUUGAUGGCCGUGCUGGUGUUCCUGAAGUCGCUGUCGCUGAUGUUCCACUCGAUCAACUAUCACUUCAUUGAGAAACGGGGCGAGCACGUAGAGACCUGGGCCAUCCUCUACUACAUUGCCCACCUGCUCAAGGGCGCCGUGCUCUUCAUCACCAUCGUGCUGAUUGGCACUGGCUGGACUUUCAUUAAGCACAUUCUCUCUGACAAGGACAAGAAGAUUUUCAUGAUUGUUAUCCCUCUGCAGGUUCUGGCCAACGUGGCUCAGAUUAUCACGGACGAGUCGGACCAGAGCGACGCCGAGUUCCGCACCUGGCACAACAUCUUCUUCUUCGUGGAUCUGCUGUGCUGUGGCGCCAUUCUGUUCCCUAUCGUGUGGUCCAUCCGACAUCUGCAUGAGGCUUCUGCGACCGAUGGCAAGGCGGCGAUUAAUCUCCGCAAGCUGAAGCUCUUCCGUCAGUUCUACAUCAUGAUCGUGUGCUACAUCUACUUCACGCGGAUCAUCGUCGACCUACUGCAGAUGACAGUGGUGUUCCAGUAUGCUUGGCUGGACGAGAUGUUCCGCGAGAUGGCCACUUACGUGUUCUUCGUGUUGACGGGCUACAAAUUCCGGCCGGUGUCCUCCCAUCCAUACUUUACCGUGCCGGACGAAGACGAGGACGACGACGAAGUGGAGGUGCUCACCGAGUCCGGCCUGACGGAGACGGUGCACCGCGUGAAGUCGCUGAAUAGGAACCACGGCAACGGCUCGGGCGGAAUCACUAUCAUUGAGGGCAACGACGAUGAGCGCGAGAAUCUGAUUGCGAAACGGGAAUCAAGCCAUGAGUACGAUUAAGCCCAGCAAGCGGAAGUCAACCGAUCUGCAUCACCUGUAUUCCCUGCAUUAGUCCAUAGUCUGUAGUCCCCGGGGUCUUAUACAUAUGUGUGACUCAUUUACUGAGCCGGAAGCUAGUACUUUACCUAUACAUUAAUAUAUAUAUGUUUUAUGUUCAGAGAGUAUCUUACAAAAACUCAAAACAAAGCAAAUGCGAUGGCAAUGGAGGGGAUAAUCUCAGUAUGUGAACUUGUAUAGGGCAACGUCGGCACAACGUUUGGUGGGCACCAACCGCUCCUCCACCUCCUCCUCCAGCGCCCGUCCAGCCGGCAGCCAAGGAACCCUUGUAAAUAAUUAAAUUAUGACCCCGCUUAACGGAAUACUGAACGCUUGUGACACCCAUGCCCUUUCCUUUGUUUAAGAUAUACUUAUAAUAAAUACACUUAUGUAAUUACGUAUAAUUUUAUGAAUAUAACAAAGCUUUAAUAAGUAAACCCAA